AUGCUCAAGACGCCGACGUUGAACAAUGAUUACAUCAACAGUUUCGCGCCACACAAUCAUUCUGGAUCAAAGACUACGGCAUUGUCCGACAUUCCGCUUAAACGUAUCAAUAUCCUCGACGACUCACGCCAUAUACUCGCCCGGGUUGGACAUGCACAAAACAACUUUGCACCUUCCUACAUUGUCACUAUAUAUGCAUCAUUAUCGACCCAUGAGGUCCUGUUCCCUACUUUCAGGCGUGGCGACUCAACCAUGCGUAAACAAGACAUGGUAGAUGGUUCCAUUCACUGCAGACCGCAAGACGACCUCACCGAGCAUAUUUGGCAGUUGUAUGGUGAAAGCAACGAGUAA